GGAAUUGAACGCGAAACGAACAGACUCGCCAAAAGGCGAAAAGCACAAGAUUUUUCGAAAUUAGACAGCUCUUCUCAAGAUUUGCCCAGUUCAACGCUCUGCAAUCUCUAGCUGUUGUUUAAGGUCUUCACGUCCUCAUCAAGUUCAGGUCAAACAAUAAUAUGUAUUGAAUCUUUGCCCUUUGGUCCAAAAGGGGCAAAGCACAAGGACAUUGACAUUUACAUGUUCAACACGUCUCUUCCCAUUUAUAUUCUAUCUCCCUAACUUCCCCUAGAAGACCCCCCUCCGAAUCACCCUCCAUUUCCCAUCUCUCUCAUCAAAACGAUCAUGGACGACUUCCCCUCGAGGUUUCGAGCCGUCGAGACCGACCGGAAGCUCGAGAGCUAUGGCUAUGUCGGAGAUGGCAUCGCCCAGAUGCAGCGGCACGCGGGGACGGAUCUGCAUCGAUCUGGCAGGGUCAACCCGUCAAGUUCGCCGUGGAACCAGAUCACCCAUGCGAAGGAUAAAGGUUCGUCUUCGUCGUGGCCGUGGGGUCUCAGCGACGCCGAAUCUAAGAGACGGAAGAGAGUGGUUAGGUACAAGGCGUACGGCACAGAGGGGAAGAUCAAAGCUUCGAUAGGGAGCAGCUUUCGAUGGAUCAAGAACAAGUACUCCGAACUUGUGCAUGGUAGCUAGCAAGAAAGAACCGAUUCUGCCGCUAUGCUAAUCGAAUGAGCAACUCUUCAUCUUUUUCAAAGGCAGUUCCCUUUGCAAAUUUUUCUUCUCUCCUUUCUUGUACAUUUUCAAGCAACAACAUACGAGAAUCGACAUCGACAGAUCCGAUUCAGGAUGAAAAUGGUUUGUUCAUGUCGAGGAGGGUCAUAUAGCUGGAAAGUUUCGAUUAAGGUUUCAAGGUUCAAUUUUUUGCAUCAGAAACAAGUAAACAUUUGUAUCACAAUCCUUACUCUGAAUAUGAAAUAAGGCAGCUUUCCUCUCCU